AUACAUUGUCCUGUGCCAGUUCUGAAGUUGUGUGUUUUUGUUCUAGAAACAGUUAACAACGCGGCGUGGUUCCUUGUUGGGUACUCAUUCUGCCUUUACCCCUCGCUGAAGAUAGACUAAAACUGAUCUUACAUCUUCGCUGCUUUGGCUCCCUCAACCCUGAAAAAUGGAGACUUGUAAUUGCAUCGUUGUGUUAUUUUUAGCAAUGUGUCUACAAGACACAUCUGCAUCGCUAAACGUUCUGAACAUUCGUCCGUACGGGACGGCCCGAAUAACAUCACCGUCGUACCCAGACCAAUACCCCCGAAACCUGGACAUCACGUGGGCGAUCCAGACCGUCGAUCAUUGGCGAAUUCAUGUCAUCGCCUCGUCUUUCCAUCUGGAAUCCUGCUGUGACUGGCUGGCAGGCGGGGAUAGCACGGACAGCAACAACUUGACAACUGAGACUUUUCGAUCACUUGGACGUUUCGCGGGCCCAGAGGCACUCUCUGAUGGCCCUGCAAUGUGGUUGAGGUUUAGAACUGAUGGGAGUUUCUCAUACUCUGGAUUUUGUGUCUGGGCCAUUAGCGUGCCGGCUGCUCGCAGUGUCCAUUUCAACUGCACCUUUGAGGAUGGAAUGUGCGGUUGGGCGCAGUCCAGGGAUGACGAUUCAGAUUGGAGCCUGAACAGCGGAGGAACAACGUCUUCAAAUACUGGCCCUUCAACUGACAGUACGAGAGGCGACGCGUCUGGUGUUUACGUCUACUAUGAAGCUACCGGAGGUGGCGCGGGCGACACUGCAGUUCUGCUGAGUCCGGUUAUGCACAGCAUUGCAGGGUUUUGCUUCGGUUUCUCGUACAACAUGUACGGCGAUACAAUGGGCACGCUGAACGUUUACCAGGUCCCAUUUAACGGAAACAUCAGCGAGGGCGAAAUCAUUUUCACAAGGAGUGGACAGCAGACAACGGCGGCGACGUGGCUUUCCGAAAGGAUUUGUCUACGGAAUGUGGAAACAAGGUUUAAAAUAGCACUGCAGGCAGAGCGUGGAAGUAACUACAAGCCAGACAUUGCAAUCGAUGACUUGAGUGCUGAAGAUUUCUCAACUCCAAUACUGCUCUGGGACCCUAACACCAUUUUCCCACCCUUGGGAGGAAUAUCGCAUGCUGUAGCAGGAAAUGACCAAACGUAUAUCUGUCAGGUACCCAGAUUGCAGGACCCAGCUUCUUUAAAGUGGACAGUGGAUUGGCAGGAAGUGACGGCAACCCGGAACAGCAGCUUACAGGACGACAGCGGACUUUAUACGAGCACCAGUAUUCUCACGUUACCGGCGGCAGACAUCCACCAGGGCCAGAUUGUGCAGUGCUACGCCCAAACAGACGACCACGGUUUGCUGAGUACGACGGUCAUGACUCACGUGAAAGUUCCGCCGUCUCAAACCAGUUUAUCGCUGUAUGGUAGCAGCGGAGCACUGGCAGCGAGAGUUAGUCUUGUGGAAGGUGAGCCAUAUUCCUUCCUCUGCACUGUGAGGCAGACCAGACCCGCUGCCACCAUCCGGUGGCUCCUGGACGAGAACGAUCAGAGAACCGACCCACCUCCCUCGGGGGAUCGUGACACGCUGAUGGACACCACUAGCAGCUGGACGCUGGUGCCCAGCCGAGCCAAUCACGGGCAGAGGGUGAAGUGUGCGGCGAGCACCGCCGAGUCGCAGUCUCCCCUACCGUCUGUGACAGCCACUCUAGAUGUUACAGGUCCACCUGACAGUCCUACUAUCAGUGGCCUCCAGUCGGUGACUGAAAAUGAGCGCAUCCAACUUAGGUGCCAGGCAAGGCGGGGGUAUCCCGACGACUGGGAACUGGUGUGGUCUGACGAGGGUUCAACUCUCGCUGGUUCACUGACCACCGCCAUCUCGACGUCUGGGAGCCGUUUCACAUUCACCAGCAUGCUAAACUUCGAACUAAGCAGGGAAGACGAUGGAAGAGUGAUCAAUUGCACCGCUAGGAGACGCGGUUCUUCCCAGCGUGUCACUGCAUCUCUGGGUCCUAUCAACGUCCACUACCAUCCGUACCUUUCUGAGCCAGUGGCCCCUGGCCCCGUCUGGGAAGGUGAUGACGUCAUUCUUUCCUGCAGCGCAGACGCCAACCCCAAGCCGGCUAACUUUAUCAUCUGGGAGAAGGUCGGGUCCUUUGCCUCGCUACCUUCGGUCUACAGCGAUGGCACAAGCACUCUGACACUGCUCAACAUCAGCAGGGAGCAGGCUGGCCCAUACAGGUGCCGUGGGGACAACGGUGUACCACCGUUAGUGCAUUCCAGUCACAUAAACCUCACCGUUCGUUUUAAACCAUAUCCACCCUUGGACGUCUCGAUUCAACAAGGACGUAUCACUACGGAGUCGUUGACCGUCAAAUGGACGCCGGGCAGCGAGGGAGGCGAGAAGCAGUGGUUUUACGUUAGUUACAGCGAGACGGGAUAUACCGGCGACUCGGUAUCCGCCAUCAGAAGUGUCAAGCUGUACAACGUCAGCGAGUACACGCUGGUCGGCCUACGUCCCGACACUGAGUACGAGGUUGAGGUCUAUGCGGAGAACGCCAAUGGUGCCAGCGAAGCCGUUAAAACACUGGGCACCACUCUUCGGCCCCUCGUGACGACCUGCCUGUAUUUAGUCGGUAUUGGUGCCCUGACGCUUCUGUUGUUCAUCAGCACCGUAAUAAACCUCACCCAGUGUUACAGAAGUAAGAACACGAGGCAGAAACCAUCCAAAAAAGAAACUCAACCACAAAGUGUCUCGGAACGGAAAGCUGGCACCAGGGUGUCAUCACGGGUCGUUGAAGAUAUGACAAGUUACGAAAAUGUCGCAAUACCGAUGCAGACCGUUAGAGCACGGGUCGUUGAUCCGGUGGAGUCCACAUACCAUGAUACCUCUGACUGCCAGGCGACGAUCUCGCGAGACCAGCUAAUCUUUGUGCGAGAGCUCAACCAGGGAGCUUUCUUCAAGCUGCUGCUGGCUAGAGCCAAAGGCAUCGAGCGGUCUGGUGUUGUAACCCCUGUAGCCCUCAAAACGGUGAAAGAUGAAACCGAUCAGAAGGAGAGACAGAACCUAAUCUGGGAGCUGAAAUCGAUGAAAUCGCUCACCCGCCAUUCUAACAUCGUCCAGCUACUUGGGUACUGCAUCGAGAAAGAUCCAAUGUAUAUAAUCCUGGAAUACACGGCCAAUGGGACAUUGAAGGAGCUCCUUGCUGACCAUCAAAGCCAGUCAGAGGCGGUGUAUGACAACCUAAGGGGGGCUGCCGACUCCUCUCUCACCCCUCAGACUCUGCUGAGCCUGGCGAAGGGUGUGGCUGACGGCAUGGCUUUCCUGGCCUCACACGCGUGCCUUCACAAAGAUCUUGCAGCUUGCAACGUUUACGUUGGUGAUGGAAUGGUCAGCAAGCUCUCCGAUUUUGGAUUUGUCAGUGACGUUGCUCACAUGAGAAAGUAUCAGCGACAGAACCAGGGUUGUGUCCCACUGCGAUGGAUGGCACUAGAGUCGGUCCGUGAUGAUGUGUACACAACAGAGAGUGACGUGUGGUCCUUUGGGAUUCUUCUCUGGGAAAUCGUAACUUUGGGCUGCAAACCGUAUCCUACCAUGAGCGCUGAAAAGGUGGCUGCCAAGUUGAAGUCAGGGUAUCGGAUGCCUCGACCAAGCCAUUGUCACACAAAAGUGUACCAGCUGAUGCUGGCAUGCUGGGCCAGGAAUCCAUCAGCGAGACCGACCUUUGCGACAGUUGGUGAGAAACUCGGGAAACUAAUGGGAAAAGCUAACGAGUACAUAUCAUUGGAGGGAUACCAGGGACAUCUCUACAAAGCAAACGUUGCGGAUGGCUAAAACCUUUAAAAGAUAUAGGCCUUGAUCAGUAGGGUUAUUGUCUUCUUUUAAAAACUUUCAAAGUAGAAAGUAUCCAUUAAUUAACUGUCGCUAUGUACGUUAAUCACACUCCAAACAAAUAUACUGCAGUUGAGUACUUUAUAUUGUAUAUUAAUAUGCACAAAAGUAGAAGCCCAUUUGUUAGAGAAGACCACUGCCGCUGACAGCUACCGAUAAAUGCCCUGACAUCGAUUUCUAUAUUUACUCUUAAACAAAGAUAGAUUGAAGUCAAGUAAGAGGCCUGCAAUAAUGUAUGCGCGCACAUGAUGCCCAAUGCUGACGCGCCAUGCGCAGUAGUUCCGAUCAUCUCCUCAUCCCUAUCGCCACCCCUGUACGCAUGCGCUUUCCAUGCUUUGCUUUGACUUAUCAGAUCCGAAACGAUUGUGCUGGUUAGAACUAAAUCAUCUGGGUCAACAGAGCUAUGGCCAUAUCCAGUGUAUAAAGUUUAGUCCUGAUUGCCCCAAUAAAUUUUAAAAGGAAAAAUGAUAAUCUUUCGGAGCAAAGUUGGGUCUCCGAGUAAAUGUACUCUUCUCUCCAACUUAUAAAUAUACCUUUAUUGGCGAGGAAAAUCCUCUCUUAGGAUUGCCAAAACAAGCAGCACUGAAAUUAUUUCAGCGAUAAGGAAGAUUAAAGAAACCUACGAUAAUGGUUGGCCUGAAACUAAAUUAAAAUGUUAAAUACUUUUUAAUCCUUGAAUAAAAAGCAAGAUUUCUCUGGUUUCAAAGCGGUAAUCUCUUCACCGCUUCAUGUUCAGACUAUUGUUACAUUUGGGGAGUGCUGAAUGAAACCCAGUGCAUCUUUCGUUUCAAUUCCCCCUUUCUGUUGUUCUGACAAAAGAAAAUUGAUUCUAUCAACUGCUAACAGAUUUUACAGAAGUAGCCUUGAAAAAAGGAUUUUAGUACUGAAGUUGCAGUAUGAAUUCAUGUACCCCUUUCACCUUUAAGAGAUAUUUUACUUGACAAUGUUUCUUUUAUAUGCUUUCUUAAACUCCACUGAAAGCGUGGAUAUGUAACCACAAUUCAGCAAAGAUUACGAACGGCUAGGCUUACCAAAUUAAGCAAGGUGAUCUGCUGUCCGAGCUCUUGGAGCUUGGNAAUUAUUACACAAAUCGAAUAAAAGUUAUUUAGUUUCUUGUUUCAUUCAUCUAUGAACUACACUGCAGCUUGAGAGGAUUGAGAGAAAAAAAGACAACUUUUGUCUUUUUCACUUUUUUUGUAUUUUGGGAUUUUCCCCUAUUUAAUCAGAAUAUGUACUCUCAAAUCAUUACAAUCGUGUAAAUAAUGGAAACAUCUCCGUCACAGGAGCACCUUUGAUAACAAAGCUGGCAAAGCGUAGUUUAUUGGCAUUUGCAACUGAAUAUUAUAAUCCUGUGGAAUGCUUGUAGCUGUAACUUUGGUAGAUUUGUCUAGUCAAAAGUGGAAAAAGAUGUUCGAAACAAAAUCGUCAGACAUUUAUUGUUAUUGUAUUGCAGAAGUUGGCUGUAAAGUGCAUCUGGCAACAGAGUUAUGUGAGUUUAUAAUUGUACUUAUUGUUAAUAUCCCCGAAUAAACACCACCAGAAAUUUCAAUAUUCACUCAGUAAUGUUAUCGAUUUUAAGUAAGAGCUGGAUUACUGCGGAUCGUGGGGAAACAAGUAAAAGGGUCGUUAGUAUUUGGACUGAAGCCAAUAUCGGUUUUUGUGAUGAGGUGAAUCCUCAAUUUUGUCAGGAAAUGCAGUACUUGAAUUACGUAUGUGGUUAAAAAUAGGAAAUUUCACUUAUAUUGACUUUGAAAGCGCUUAUACAUCCGUGACCGUUGCAUUCAAAAAUGUUCCCCCGGAAUUCUUCAAGAUAAGGGGUUACAUGAUUAAAAUUAAACCGACAGUUCCACUAAAUUUCGUUUGACAUAGUUGCAACGCAGAGAAACUUUUUCUGCAUUUUUUCUUAUUACAAAAGUUACAAAUGCACAUGAGUUGAAAUUGUUUGUGGAACAACAUCUUUUUUUUUUAAAGGAAUUUGUUUAAGUAUUUGUUGCAUGUAAUUGGUG